CAUUCCCGUCCUCCGUCCGCCGCCACCGUCCUCCGUCCUCGCUAGGCCUGAACAUUUCGCGGCGCCGAGAUAGUUCGCUGCCGGGAGUGUCGCCGUCCAGGAAGGGAGGGCAUAGUGUGUCAGUCCAGAACUCGAAGAUGAACAAGGGAAAGAUUUUCAAGUUAGCCAAGGGAUUCAGAGGAAGGGCUAAAAACUGCAUAAGAAUAGCUAGGGAGCGCGUGGAAAAAGCAUUGCAAUAUUCAUACAGGGAUCGGCGCAACAAGAAAAGGGACAUGCGAUCUCUCUGGAUCGAGCGCAUUAAUGCUGGCACACGGCUGCAUGGGGUGAACUAUGGAAACUUCAUGCAUGGAUUGGUGAAGGAGAAUGUCCAACUCAACAGGAAGGUACUUUCAGAGCUGUCAAUGCAUGAGCCAUACAGCUUCAAGGCUCUUGUUGAUGUAUCUCGCACUGCAUUCCCUGGGAAUAGGCCGCCUGUGAAGAAGGAAGGACUAGCAAGUAUUCUAUAAAAAAAAGUCCUUCAUCAACAAUUCAAUCUACUAGUUAUUGUUGCAUCCAAAGUGAACUGAUAAUGUUGCUGCUCAGCUUGUAACCUUGCAAUGUACUCAUGUGGUGGGUGGGUACGGCGGGAUCACAUUUUUAUCUAGUAUGUUAUUAUGUCUGGUAGCCUGUUGAACAAAGGUUGCAUAUACUGUAAUUCUUGCAUAUCUUUUGGGAUAAGUUUCUCUGUUUACUGACAAUAAUCCGUUAGAAUUGGUUA